AUGUCUACGCCGCAGAAGAGGUUUUGGUCGGAGGCGCACAAACCUGGGCGUGUUUUCCAGCCGACUUCCAAUUCUAUCGGCAGGGUUGCCCCAAGAAUCGGAGAUGGGAGUCUCCUGAGAGGGAAAAGCCUCGCAGUUACCGAAGGAAUGACACCCAAUGGGGUUGGCUAUGAUUUGGACAGUGAGGAAUUGCCGAGCAAGAUUGAGAGGCUUGAGGACGAGUUGUAUGAGUACCAGUACAAUAUGGGUCUUCUUAUUCUUGAAAAGAAGGGCUGGAGUGCUAAAUUUGAAGAACUUAAGCAAGCAUUAGUUGACACGACAGAUAAGUUUAAACGCGAGCAAGCAGCACACUUGAUUGCAAUCUCUGGUGCUGAGCAGCAAGAAGAGAAGUUGAGAAGCACAUUGGGCUAUGAAAAGCAGUGUGCUGUGGAUCUGAAGGAGGCAGUUCAGGAGAUGCGUUCUGAAAUUGCUGAAAUGCAACUUAGGGCUGAUUCAAAGUUGGCUGAUGCAAAUGAACUGGUUAACAGUGUUGAUGCAAAGUAUCUCGAUGUUGAGGCCCAACAGCGAGCAAUUGAAGCUAGGCUAGCUGAAGUGAGCAGAAAGAGUUCAGAGCUAGAGAGAAAAUCACGGGAGGUGGAAUCCCAAGAGAGCUCUCUUCGAAAGGAGCGCUUAUCUAUAGUAGCAGGGAAAGAAGCACAUGAUACCAGUUUGUCCAAGCAAAGAGACGAGUUGCGAGUCUGGGAGAGAAAAUUAGACGAGGAAGAAGAGUGGCUAUCAAACGAUCUAAGAAUUGUCAAGGAAAGGGAUGAAAGGGAAGGUCAUAGUGAUAGAAUCUCAGAACAAAAAAUUAAGGACCUUCGAGAGGCACAAAGGAAGAUAGAUGAAGCAAACUCAAUCUUGAAGAGGAAAGAAGAUGACAUUGCUGGCCGACAAGCUAAAAUGAUCCUUAUGGAAAAGGAAUUUGUUGCUACAAAAGAGAAUUUGCUGUUGAAGGAGGAGGAGUUACAGACCCUGGAUGAGAAGUUGAAUGAGAGGGAAAAAGUUGAGAUUCCAAAACUCCUUAGUGAACAUAAUACAAUUUUGGAUGCCAAAAGAUGUGAGUUUGAGUUGGAAGCUGAGCAACGGAGGAAGGCUGUUGACGAGGAGUUAAAGAGCAAAGUAAUUGAGCUUGAGAGGAAGGAAGUUGAUGUCAAGCAUAUGGAGGAGAAAUUUGCAAAAAGAGAGCAAGCUUUGGAUAAGAAAUCGGAGAAACUUAAGGAGAAAGAAGCUGAAUUUGAAUCCAAAUCGAAAGCUCUCAUGGAAAAGGAGAAGAGCUUGAAAUCUGAGGUGGAAAACUUGGAGGGAGAGAAAGCACAAUUGGGAACUGAGAAAGAACGUCUUCUAAAUCUCAAAGCUGAACUAGAUCAUGUAAAGGCCGCCAAUGAUAAGCAGUUCCUAAAGAUAUCUGAAGAGAAGGAGCAACUCCAAAUAAGUGAAGACGAGAGGUCCGACUAUAUUCGCUUACAAUCUGAACUGAAAAAGGAAAUAGAAAGGUGCAGGUCUAGGGAGGAGCUUCUGUUGCAAGAGGUUGAAGACUUAAAGCAGAGGAAGGAGAAUUUUGAAAGGGAGUGGGACGAGUUGGAUGAGAAAAAAUUUGGAAUUGAUAAAGAGCAGAAAAGCAUUAGUGAUGAGAAGGAAAAGUUUGAAAAGCAAAAGCAAUUGAAAGAAGAAAGGAUAAAGCGUGAUAAAAAGGCUAUGGAUGACUUGAUUAAAAAGGAACUCGAGUCUCUUGAGUUAGCAAAAGCAUCUCUCAAGACAAACUUGGAGCAUGAGCGAUUGCUAAUGGUUGAGAAAGCACAAACUGACAGAAACUUAUUGUUAGAUGACAUUGAGGUAAAAAAGUCUGCACUAGAAAAUAGCUUGCAGAAAGCUCAGGAGGAAAUGGACAGAGAUUUGCAGAAGAAGACACGGCGCUUUGAAGAAGAGAAGCAGAGAGCUUUAAAGGAUGUAAAUCUCCUGCGAGAUGCAGCCAAAAGAGAGAUGGAGGAUAUGGAAGUGGAAAGAUCCAGGUUAGAGAAGGACAGGGAACAGCUUGAUGAAAACAAAAAGCAACUUCAACAGCAACAAAUCGAAAUGCGAGAAGACAUUGAUAUGCUUGGUGAUCUUAGCAUGAAGCUCAAGGUCUACAGAGAACAGUUUAUUAAAGAGAAAGAGCAGUUCAUGUCUUUCGUUGAGCAACACAAGGGCUGCAGUAACUGUGGGGAAACAACUUUCCAAUUCCAGCUUGCUGAUUUGAGCUCAUUGCAAGAAACGGGCAAUGCUAAUGCUGACAAUGGUACUUUAGCUUCUGAUGAAAGGCUAGAGGGUGAGAGGCCUGUUACUACUCCCAGCCAAAGAGUAUCUCCAGUAUCUUGGCUACAGAAAUGUACCACGAAGAUAUUCAAGCUGUCCCCACUUAAGCGGGGGCAACUUGUAAAAGAUUUGGAUGAGGCUGCUCCAGCUACUGACAAAGUUGAUGUUCUUGAUGAUGAACAAGAGCUGUCUUUCUCAUAUGGAAACCACUCAUUUGAUGACUUAAGCAACACCAACAGCAGGUCUUUGGAAUUGCCCGAAGUCCCCCAGCCUUCUGAUCUCAAGAAGCAUGGUCAGCGUCACAAGAGAACAAGAGGUAAAGUGAGUAGAACAAGUACUAUGAAGGCUGUUGUUGAAGAAGCCAAGGUGAUUCUUGGGGAGCCUAAUAUGGCUGAAGAUUCUGUGAGGUCUGAAAGCCAUGGCGAAUCUGGCCAUGCUGAUAAAGUUGCUCAUCAAGGAAGGGGAAGGAAGAGAAACCGAGGACAGGCAUCUCAGACUACUGCUAGUGAACUUGAUGGCAAUGAGAGCGAUGGACAUUCGGAUAGUAUAAUCACUGGCAAGCGCAAGAAGAGUCGGGCAGGAGCUGUGCCUGUUGAAACACGAUACAAUCUCAGGCGAUCGAAACGGGUUGCUAUGGUGAAUGUAAAAGCCACGUCAGACUUGAACAAUGAAAAUGAACAAGGAGAAGCCACUGGUGUUGUGCAUGUAGAGGACCGAGAUAUCGCAACAGUUAAUGCAGGUACAUCGGUAGGAGGAGCUGCUACUGAGCAUGGCGAAAGCAGACAACAUGUGAAGCAGAGCGAGGAAGCUGCAGAGCAUCUGGAUGGUGAAGCUCAUGAAGAACCAGAUGUAACGAUGAGUGAAGAGGUUAGCGGAAGGAUGGAAAUGCAUUGGGAGAAUUCAGAACAGUGUAGCAGCAAAUCCCGUGGAGGCGAUGAAGGUGAUGAUGAAGAAGAGUCUGAACAUCAUCCUGGCGAAGCCUCAAUAGGGAAGAAGCUCUGGACUUUCUUCACAACGUGA